AUGAUUUUUCCAGCAUUUAUCCUUUUAAUUGCAUGUACUUUAAGUAUUUUAUGUACGGAAGGAUUUUUGAGUGGUGAUUGCGUGGAACCGUGCAUUAGUGAAAUGCAACUUAUCAUGGAAAGUACGCCGUUCAGUCGAAGUGAGCGUCAAGGACAGCUUUCUUGGACACAACUUUUACAAGCAUCAAAAAAUCGUCGAAUGACUGAAAAUUCAUUUCACAACAUCUGCGAAGCUUAUAAACGAGUGGAUAAAUGUUUGGAAGAAUGCGAAAAAACAUCUGAGCACAGUGGCAGUAUUCGUCGGACAUAUGCCGGAUUACGCUUCAUUUGUGUUGAACAGAAAGAAGAAUUCUUCAACAAUUUGCCAUGUCUCGCUCAAUAUGAACCGGUGGCAAUGUCACGAUGUCAAAAGGAAAUAAAUCAAUCGUUGGUGGGCAGUAAUUCAUUCAGUGCAGCUGUUAUUAAUCGUGAACAGCACAAUAUUCAAAGCAGAUUAAAAGCCCUUUGCAGAGACUUGGCAAAUAUGAUCAAAUGUAUCGAACCGAUCACGCGAAGUGGCUGCGGCGAAGCUGCAGCUAAAAUGAUGCUCAAGUUCAUCACCGUUGGUUUUAUAAGCUUUGAACAACUAUACAGUCAUCUUGGUAUAAGUGAUCAACUGCCUCACUCCUGUCGGCAAUUGCUCAACUUAACCAUUGAAAGUCGAAUUAACAAUCAAAAACGGUUAAUUUUUUCGUCUUCACAGUCACGUAAUUCUUAUUUGGAAAAUGUUAUGAAUUCGGAUGGUGUUUCUCAAGUCAUUCCAAGUGUAACCUUUUCACUGCUCAGCAUUUCAUUUUGCUAUAACUAA